CUCCAUCGCUCGGUCGCGCGCUCCCCAGUUUGAAUCGGGUCGUCUCCGAGGCUGGCUGGUGGUGGUGGCCAUCUUGUGGCGCAGAAAGCAACAAAAAAAGGGAUGUUUACGGCCGCGUCCAACAAGGUGCUAAUUGGUCUGUUUAUCUGUGAUAGGCCCCGGGAGGAGUGUGGUGUUAUUGGCGCGGAAAAUAUGUGUAAAGUGCAGCUUCGUUUCUUUGAAUUGAACUGAAAAGCAGAUAAUUUGAAGAACCUACAAAAUGGCAGAUGGAUUUUUGGACGUUUCGAGAGAGGGAUGAACAGUUUGCGCAAGUGAUUAGCGUCCUCGCUGGCCAAGGAUCGAACCGAAAUGUGAGUGUAAUUUUGGAGUGAGACUUUCGAGUGAAACGUGAAUUUAGCAAAAGGAGAAAAAUUGCACGAAAAAUAAGAGAGAGUUAUGGAGACACCAAACGAAGAAGACGUCGGCUUAAGUGGGCAGCUCAACCAGCAAGGUCAAACGUACCGGAGAUCGUUUUGGUGCUGGGGACAGGGCAACCGCGUCUCGCAGGAGGCCGACUCGCUGAGCAUCAAAGUGGGCGGCGAAAACCAUGACAAGAAGCCCAAGGCUCACGAAACCAACCGGAUCAAGUCCACCAAGUACACGCUGCUGACGUUCCUGCCGUUGAACCUGGCGGAGCAGUUCCGGCGAAUAGCGAACUUUUACUUCCUCUGCAUGACGAUCAUCUCGAUCGUGAUUGACAGUCCCGUGUCUCCACUGACCUCGCUGGUUCCACUGGUGUUUGUGAUUGCCGUCACGGCCACCAAGCAGGGGUAUGAAAAUUACUUGCGGUACCGGGCCGACAACAUGGUCAACUACUCGUUGGUCACGGUGAUCCGAGCAGGGAUCGAGAUGGACAUCCGCUGUCAGGACAUUCGACAGGGUGACAUUGUCCGCACUGCGCGGGAUUGCGAUCUCCCCUGUGACUUGGUUCUGCUCAAGUCGUCCGAUGAAAAUGGCAAGUGUUUUGUUACGACGGCCAACCUGGACGGUGAGACGAACCUUAAAACAAUGAGUGUUCCCAAGGGAAUUCCCGUCGUGAGCGCUGACAAGCUGCACACGCUGGGAAGAAUCGAGUGUGAACUCCCUAAAACGGAUCUGUACACGUUCAAUGGGAGGAUCGAGCUGGCGGAACAGUAUCACAGACAUCAGGAAAUAACCUGCGUUGACGGAGCGGCAACAGAUCACCACGUGCUGCCACUGAUGGCGGAGAAUCUGUUGCUGAGAGGAUCACGUGUGAAGAAUACGGAGUGGGCGCUGGGUUGUGCUGUCUACAUUGGACAGAACACGAAACUCGCGCUGAACAGCAAAAUGACGAGCAAUAAAAUGAGCUCCAGUGAGGGUUACGUCAACAAGUACCUGGUGUUUUUCCUGGUACUCCUAGUCUCGAUCGUGACCAUUUCGUUCUUCAUGAAGCGGUACAAUGAUCGGUUCCACACCGGGCACAAUUUCUACCUUGGUGAAUUCUCGCAAAGGUACAAGGUGGCACAAUUUCUGCAAGACUUCUUCUCAUUCCUAAUCCUGUUCAACUACCUGAUCCCGAUUUCCCUAUAUGUAACUAUUGAAAUGGCAAAGUUCCUCGGCGGAUUCUACCUCGAGUGGGAUCUGGAACUCUACGACGAGGAAACGGAUCAACCCUGCAUUGUCAACACGUCGGACAUCAACGAAGAGCUCGGACAGGUUUCGAUACUGUUCUCGGACAAAACCGGCACGCUGACGAAGAACAUCAUGAUCUUUCAGCAGUGUUCGAUCAACGGAAAGAUGUACUCACAACAGGGUAGACGCUUAAAAGAGGUCGGCCGCAACUACGCACUUAAAAUCAACGAAUGCUCCCGCCACGUGUACAACUUCUUCGAAGCACUAGCCGUCUGUCACACCGUCCAGGUGGUUGGUGACUACACAAACGAGGCGGACGAUCCGGAAGCAGGAGCGGAAACCGAAGGCGAAGACGAACCCGCCGAGGAGCCCAACAAUAACCGAACCGCUCGCAAUUUCUCGCUCAUCACCGAGGAAAGUGAAGCGAGUCUUCCAAACGAUUCGAUUCUGGAUGAGCCGGACUUCAUCCAGUUGAAGACGCUUCCACCCAGAAGUCGGGUCCCUGUGGUGUCCCCAAUCCAAGAAGCUUCCACCGAUACUAAAAAAGGAGACCUGCUGAACCCCCUCCUCCACAACCAACAACGAAUGUCCUUCACCGAGCUCCCAAUCAACCAACUGCGAGAUCCCAAAGAUACCGACACCACCGUAAGACCCGCCAGCGAAACCGUGAUCCGACGUUCCGGAAGCAUCUUCGGAGCCGGCGACAACCGGGUACACCCAAUCAGCCUCCAAAUCCCCCCCUUCCGACGUUCCCCGUCAAACGCAUCCCAGCGUUCGUCCCGCCCGCACAGCCUAGUCGAGUCCACAACGUCCGAGGAACACCCGGAACUGUCCCGCGAGGGAAGCCUGUUCCAGAACGGAAGCAACGGGGCGCUGCACCACGGCGCUUCGAUGCAGUCGAUGGAACUGAAGCGUGCCAUUUCGGCGUACGAGGAAAAGUCCGAGACGGACCGGCCGGUGAAGACGCACCGGCGCACGCAGUCGCACAUUCCGCCUGGCAUGCAGAACAAGCCGAAUUGGGUGAUGGGCCUCGACCGGGGAUCGGUCCGGUUGCGGCGGAACCGCAGCUCGAUCCGUUCCACGGCUCGCGAGUACUACGCGGCGCCGUCCUACACGGCGUCGUCGCUGGUCGAGCGCCAGGAGUCCGUGAUGAAGCAGGAGGAAGUGAUCUCGUUCAUCAGGAAGAUGGACUACCAAGCCUCCAGUCCGGACGAGAAGGCCCUGGUGGAAGCGUGCGCCCGGAUGGGCCUGGUGUACGUGGGCGACGAGGCGGAAGUGCUCAGCAUCAAGCUGCGCGAGUCUUGCGUGAAGCGGAACGUCAAGUCCGUGUACGGCGAGAUCCCGAAGGAGGAGGUGGUAAAGUACCAAAGACUGGGCGUGCUGGAGUUCACGUCGGACCGCAAGCGGAUGAGCGUGAUCGUGCGGGACGCCCAGGGCCAGAUAUGGCUGUACACCAAAGGAGCCGAGAGCCACGUGCUGCCGCUGUGCACGAGGACCUCGUCGGGGCUAGUCAUUUCUACGCAGCGGCACAUCAACGAGUUCGCCAAGCAGGGGUUGCGGACGCUGGCGGUAGCGCGGCGAAGACUGACACAGCUGGAGUACAACAACUUUAGCAACGAACUGAUUAGGGCGAACAACUCGUUGACGGAUCGGGCGACGAAGGUCGAAGAAUGCCAACGGAAGAUCGAAACGGGGUUGGAACUGUUGGGCGCUACAGCAGUUGAGGACGCGUUACAGGACGACGUUCGGGACACGCUGGAAUCGCUACGGAAGGCAGGCAUCAAGGUGUGGGUACUGACCGGGGACAAGGUGGAAACGGCGCUGAACAUUGCCCACAGCUGUGGUCACAUCCCGGAGGAUGCGUUCCGGUACUUCAUCACCGAGUGCACGACGGUAGAUCAGGUUCAGCAACACUUUGACGUGUUUUCGUUCGAGAUGUAUCGAAAUCCAACCCGGGAGUUUGCCUUGCUGAUCGACGGCGCCAGCUUGGCGAUAGCUCUGCAACAUCUGAAGGAGGUGUUCCGCGACGUAUCGAUCAAGUGUCGAGCGGUGCUGUGCUGUCGGCUGAGUCCACUGCAAAAGUGCGAAGUGGUACAGCUGAUGAAGACCGUGGAAAGCAAUCCGGUUACGGCGGCGAUCGGUGACGGAGCGAACGAUGUCUCGAUGAUCCAGGAAGCGCACGUUGGGCUGGGGAUCGUGGGGAAGGAAGGUCGACAGGCGGCACGGUGUGCGGAUUACGCGUUCGCCAAGUUCUGCAUGGUCAAGAAGCUGUUGCUGGUUCACGGGCACUACUUCUCGACGCGGCUGGCGAUUUUGGUGUUGUACUUCUUCUACAAGAACUUGAUCUUCAUGGGGAUUCAGUUCUUCUUCCAAAUACACAGCAUGUUUUCGUCACAAUCCGUGUACGAUUCCGUGUUUCUUACGCUGUACAACGUCCUGUACACGUCACUUCCAGUGUUGGUGAUGUCACUGACUGAGAAGCCGUACAAGGAGGAAACUCUGAUGAAGAAUCCUUCGCUGUACCAGCGAGUAGCGGGCAACAAGCAGUACGCCUGGAAGUACUUCAUCGGCUGGAUGAUGCUCGCCGUCUACCACUCGACGAUCGUGUACACGUUCUGCUGGGCCAUCUGGGGCAACAACCCGGCCAUCUACGCCUGGUGGCCCUCGACGGUGAACUUUGCCUGCUUCGGCACGAUCAUGAUCCACAACGUGGUCGUGCUGGCCAACCUGAAGCUGCUGCUGGAGGCGAUCUACAAGAGUUACAUCUUCAUCGCGACGAUCCUGCUGUCGAUCUUCGGCUUCAUGGGGACGACCUUCAUCUACAACCUAUUUAAUGUCUUUGAGGUUACUUCCAGCACCUACGACGGCGACAUGCUGCACGUGUACAACAACCUGCUGUCGUCGAUGACGUUCUGGGUGCUGAGCCUGCUGAUCCUGGUGGCGGCCUUCAUUCCGGACUUUACGAUGUUCGCGGGCCGAGCGAUCGACAUCAAGAUCGGACACAUCUUCCCGGGCGGGGCCAAGUACCGGAGCGCGUUCUUCCAGCGGCGGAACCGGGACGUAGUGGAGAGUACGGACUUGUGAUUGUUUUGUUAGGUUAAGUUGUUUUUAAAUCGUCGUUUUUAACAGAAUAGCAUGACAUGCUAAAGUGCCAAGUUAGUUUUAGGGAAAUCGUUGUGCCACAUGUAUGUGCCUUAAGUUAUUGCCUUAGACGAUAAGUCGAACUCCGUGAUAGACAGUUCCUUUGUGUGUGACGAUACGUCGCGAAAAUGACCAGUAUUUUAUCGAGGAAAUACCAAUUUUGCGAGCCUUUUACAUUCCUAAAA